UAUUGAUAUCGACCGCCCUCCCCAAGUGCCCUGCCCACGUCGAUGAUGCAAUCCUUGUCGGCUCGUCUCGGUACACCCAAGGCACAUCUGAUCUCCUCGCCCAAAAGCAGUGUCAGCAGCAACUCAAGAUCUUGUAGUAAUGGUAGUCAAAAGGCGCGAGAAUGGCAUCAGCGUAAGAUGAACUCACAACACGAUCCCGUCGAGCCAGGCUUGAUCACCAAUCAGCCACCUUCUACUACCUCUCAUUCGCCCGCCCCUCCUUGUCAAUCUCCUGCUCAUGAUCGUCCACGAUCUCUUAAGGCUCAGCUUACUGAGAUCAUCAGAAGCAGCCCGGUAAACUUUCGUGACACUGAUUCAAAUCAUCAAUCUCAGCAAGCUCCUUCAAUAUCUGCUUCAAGCGAGACUCAUCAUUCACCAUCCGGUGGGGAUCACAGUCUCUCCUGUGACCAACCUGAAAAUCAACUACCAAACGGAGAAUAUCAUCAAUCAGAGGACCGCAGCUCUCACUCGCCCUCUUCUCAUCCUCAUCAUCAUCACUCGCCUCAUUCUCAGACCCAUUUCCAUCACCACCAACCCCAUGUAUCUGUUCUCAAAAAACCGACGAUUGGUAACAGCAACGGCAUAUUUUCGCCAUUAAGUAAGGAACUAACAGUCGAUCUCGACCCGCCGAGAAGCUCGCCCCCGCCACCAGAUAUACCUCCUCGACCAGCCAGUCUUUGCAUCCAGAGCACUAGACCUCCUUCGCUCCCUCAUCCUCAUCAUCCUUCUUCAUCAAUCUUGUAUAACAAAGAUCAACAAUACAACUCUCACUUUAUUGAUCAUAAUCCACAUCAUUCAUUCCCUGCUCCUCCUCGUCAAAAUGGGACAAUGGAUGUUAAUCAGUCCAUUAACGGGCAUCACCAAUCCGUUGUUGGGUCGAUACCUCAAGAAAAUCAUCAUAUCCGACGUCCGAACACUUCUUGCUUAUCUCCCCGAUCUCCCGUCCGACAAUCCGCAACCCCAAGAUAUACACAUUCCCCAACUACUACUAGUACCACUAAGUCUAGCAAUUGUAGACUUUCAUCUCCUCCUUCACUUGCUCAUCAAGCUGCUUUUAUCCAAGGUGAUCAGUCUACUAUGGCCUGCAAUUAUGCUUUGAUCGAUGCUCAUCUACAAUCAAUUUUAGAGAUUGAUUUAAAACGAAAACAAGAGUUGAAGGAGAUCAAGAGACAGAUCCGAAAGACGGAUGAAUGGGCAGAAAGCCGACGACGAACAGUGAUAGAAGAGAUCCGACGAGUUUGUACGCCGGUGAGCAGUGGUAGUGUCUCGGUCCAUCCACAUACAUCUCAUCAAAGUGGAAGUAGUCACAGUCGGAGUCUCAGUCGUGGCCAACCAACCGACGCGAUCAUGAGUCCUAAGCCGGUCCAUAAGCAGCGGCUUAAUGAGUUUCAGACAAAGCAGAAUGGGAUGGAUGAUUCUCCUCGUCUCAAACGGACUCCUGAGUAUCCUGUCAAUCUGGGCGAGUCUGUGGGUAGGAGGAAGGCCGUUCCAAGGACUCCAGUCGUUGCUCCAGUACUCCAUCCCACCAAGAGAAGCUCAUCCACUCCUCCUGAAUCCAGUCACCCUCUUCAUCAUCAGCAUCGUCUAGGUAAUCAGGAUCAGAUGAAUCCUAAGCUACAAGCAGCCGUUUAUUCGGAUCCUUCGACGACACUCGGUAACUUCCAUCAAGAACAUGUCGCGCCAAACCGGGCCCUUCAUUCCGCUUCCGUCCUUCCUUCUCAUCAUCAUCCUUCACCACCACCACCACCACAAGGCCAUUAUCAUCAACAACGUAACUCUUAUCAUCCUCUGAGCCCUCAUCCAUCCCAACCUAAUAAAAAUAAUUAUCCUCUGUCUCAUAAUCCUGAUGGGCAACAUCAACAACCGAUCGUGGCUGAUCAGCUGUCGACGGAAUUCGACAAACUUGGGCCCGCUGGAUUCGCUAUUAAUGGGAUUACGUCCAUUAUUCAGUUGUUGCAUCAACAGCAUCAACAACAGCAACAUCAACCAUAAGAGUCCUCAUUCUUGCUCAAUUUCUUAUACAUUUAUUUGCAUAUUUCGCUUUGAUCCUAACGUACUUGCAUAUGUAAUCGAACACUACUUGCUCAGUUUGAUAUGAUAAACCCAUCUCUGAUCGUCGUCUUGAAUAUCAUCUUAAGUUUCCACACACAUAUUCUCAAGUUUUUAUGUUUUUGUUGUUGUUCUCUUGGGGGAGUUAGUUGAUUGAUGUGAGGAAGCAUUGUCAGCUCCUUGUUCUGCUUGAGUAAUCUAGUGAGAUGUAUGUAUGUAUCUAGACGUUUCUUGAUUAAUGAAAUGAAGUUUUGUAGUUGAAUAGAUAAAUGUGUAGACAUGCUU